AUUUCUCUCAGCUUCCUCAUUGUCAACUGUCUCUAAGUUUGUCGGUGUUACCAGCUUCUUAUAUCACACAUUCAUCAUGGUCGUCAAGGUCGGAAUCAACGGCUUCGGUCGCAUUGGCAGGAUCGUCUUCCGUAACGCCAUCGAGCACAACGACGUCGAGAUCACCGCCGUCAAUGACCCCUUCAUUGAGCCCCACUACGCUGCGUACAUGCUCAAGUACGACAGCACCCACGGCCAGUUCAAGGGCGAGAUCAAGAUCGAUGGCAACAACUUGAUUGUCAACGGCAAGACCAUCCGCUUCUACAUGGAGAAGGACCCCAGCAACAUCCCCUGGGGUGAGACUGGCGCAUACUACGUCGUCGAGUCCACCGGUGUCUUCACCACCACUGAGAAGGCCAAGGCUCACUUGAAGGGUGGUGCCAAGAAGGUCGUCAUCUCUGCUCCCUCCGCCGAUGCUCCCAUGUUCGUUAUGGGUGUCAACCACGAGACCUACAAGUCCGACGUUGAGGUUCUCUCCAACGCCUCUUGCACCACCAACUGCUUGGCUCCUCUCGCCAAGGUCAUCCACGACAAGUUCACCAUCAUCGAGGGUUUGAUGACCACUGUCCACUCCUACACUGCCACCCAGAAGGUCGUUGACGGCCCAUCCGCCAAGGAUUGGCGUGGUGGCCGCACUGCUGCUCAGAACAUCAUCCCCAGCAGCACUGGUGCCGCUAAGGCCGUCGGAAAGGUCAUCCCUGACCUCAACGGCAAGCUCACUGGAAUGUCCAUGCGUGUGCCUACUUCCAACGUCUCCGUCGUUGACUUGACCGUCCGCAUCGAGAAGGGUGCUUCCUACGACGAGAUCAAGCAGGCCAUCAAGGAGGCCUCCGAGGGUUCUCUCCAGGGCAUACUCGGCUACACCGAGGACGACAUCGUCUCCACUGACUUGAUCGGCGACAACCGCUCCUCCAUCUUCGAUGCCAAGGCCGGUAUCUCCCUCAACAAGAACUUCGUCAAGCUCGUCUCCUGGUACGACAACGAGUGGGGUUACUCCCGCCGUGUGCUCGACCUCCUUGUCUACAUUGCCAAGGUUGACGGACACGCUUAGGAGUCAGGACAGAGCCCGACGAUGUCAAAGUUAUGAGGAGAACGUGGAUUAAUAGUAUUUCAGAGUGGGCCUAACAUUCGGGUUGCACUACUUCAUGAUUGAACGCACUUCAACGGAUUGCGAUGAGGGAGGGAUAUGGUGGCGUCG